AACCACUUCGCCGCGGCCGUUCUUCAAUCGGAGCCCACAAAAGAGCCAUCUAUCUCCUUUCUACCAGAGAUCUACCCAGGACACUUGUUUUAUGUGCUUGUGCGUGCUGAUUUCGGCGGUUUCGUGUGACCACAAGGGAAUCGGAGUGCUUCACGGCGAGGAUGCCUGGUCUACCUUCACAUAACAACGAUGCAGUGAACAAUGGAUGUGGAUUCAGUGUCCCCAGGUGUGCAGACGAGACGUGUGGUCAGCAGUCAAGAGCUCAGUUAUCUCCAGAUGAGGAACUUACCCAUGAGGAAUGUUUGGCAUUAUACGACAAACCAGUUAUGCUAUACAAUAUUAUUCAACAAAGAGCCAUUAAAAAUCCCUCUUCACUUCAAAGAUGCCUUUGUUAUAAGAUAGAAGCAAAACGGAAAAAGAGGAUACAGAUAUCGGUAUCAAUUUCUGGAAGCGCAAAUACUGAGUUGCCAGCUCAUGGUAUCUUUCCUCUCCAUGUUCUGUUUGCUAGAGCUACUACUAAUGAUUCACUUAAUGGGCAUUCUCCAGUGUAUCAGUUCAGCUGGGCUUCUCUCCUGACUUCUUUUAGUGAAUCUGGAAACAGUGACCACACUAAAGCCACAUUCACUAUCCCCGAUUUGAAGAGUUUCGCAACCUUACAAGUUUGCAACCUUAACAUUAUCCUUAUUAGCUGUGGCCAACGUGGAAAAAAUCUUAAUGAAAACUUCUCAAGGAACCAUGUGGAGUAUUCUUCUCCUCAAAAGCUUGGAGGCCAAUGUUCCUGGGGUAAAAUACCUAUGGAUUUACUUUCCUCAUCUUUCGAUAAUUGCGUAACUUUAAGUUUGGGGCAGACUGUGGAAUUGACUUCAGGAAUAAGUAUGAACCCAGGCUUCAUAGAGCCAAUGUUACUUGAGAAUGACACUUGCUUCACUUUUUGCUCUCAAAAGGCAGAUGCUACAGGUUCAUAUGAACUACAAGUGAGGAUAGAUGCCCAAGAGGCUGGUGCAAGAGACACGCAGAGAUGUCCUUAUAGUAGUUACUCAUAUGAUGAUGUCCCACUUUCGUCAUUACCAGAUAUCAUAAGGUUAAGAACAGGCAAUGUGCUCUUUAACUACAGGCACUGCAAAAAGGUCGUAAAACGUGAAGUUACGGAAGAUUUUUCUUGCUCCAUUUGCUUGGUAAAGUGUGGAAGUUUCAAGGGCCUGGCAUAUCAUUUAACCUCAUCGCAUUGGCUAUUUCACUGUGAUUUUGGGGUCUUUGAAGAAUGCCAAGUUGUUAAUCUUAGUCUAAAGGUUGAUGCCAGGAGAGCGGAGCUUCUAAGCCCUGCAGGAGAAGGAGAUGAACCAAGCAAGAAAAUGUUUUUCUACCGAUCAAGGUUUAAGAAGAGGUGUAGAAGAUUAGAAACAUCAAUCGAGAAGACCAAGCAUGUACAUCCACAUAUCAGAGAUAUUGUGGAAUCAAGAUCACCAGAAAAUAUCAGAGAUAUUGUGGAAUCAAGAUCACCAGAAAAUAUCAGAGAUAUUGUGGAAUCAAGAUCACCAGAAAAUAUCAGAGAUAUUGUGGAAUCAAGAUCACCAGAAAAUAUCAGAAAUAUUGUGGAAUCAAGAUCACCAGGAAAUAUCAGAGAUAUUGUGGAAUCAAGAUCACCAGGAAAUAUGGGUCAUGUACAUGCACAUACUGCAGAACCAGGAUCAUCCAAAGAUGCCCAUAAAGGGUUUGAUGUGGAUUAUGUCCCAAACAAAAAUGGGAUUUCUGUGCCCCAAGCUUCAAUUGUUUCUCACCCCGCAUUACAUGUUAGCAAUCAUUCAACAUCAGCAGUUCUAGAGUUUGGGAAGUCAAGGAAGCUCUCCAUUGAUCGAUUUGGCCCCAGAAAGCGUCUACUGCUGCAAAAACGUGAGUUCUUCCAUUCUCAGAAGGCGCAGAGAAUGGAACUAGAAGAUGUUUUGGGAGAUCAUGACAGUGAAGACGAAAUUGAUGAUGACAUCGCUGACUUUGAAGAUAUGACGAUGCUCGAUGGUUUUUCUGACGUUACUAAAGACGAGAAGCGUAUUAUGCAUAUGUGGAAUUCGUUUGUUCGGAAACAAAGGGUAUUAGCUGAUGGCCAUAUACCCUGGGCUUGCAUGGCAUUCUCCGAGCAGCACGGACAAGAACUCGUGCACAACCCUGCUCUACGAUGGUGCUGGCGAUUCGUUAUGAUCAAGCUCUGGAACCACAGCCUGCUCGAUGCCCGCACCAUGAACACCUGCAACAAAUUUCUCGAUGACUUGGAAAGCGAGAGCUCUGCUGGCCCCAUGCAAACUUGAUUUGUAGAAAACGUUGUCCAAUUCGAGCAGGGCCCAUCGACGGUCAUGUUUGUGGUGGUGCAGCAUGUCACAUUUUUUUGAUUUCCUGUCGUCCUCGUUUACGGUUACAGGAUUACAGUUGGGCAACAGUGAUGUGUCAUUUUGGGAUGGGCAGACUUGUGGAGUUGAUGGUCACAGAAUUGCAGAUGUUCUGUUUUCUAUUUCGUUUUUUUUUUGUUGCAUUACCUGUUAGUUAAGUUUGGGUCAUUUUGUUCAAAAGUUGAUACACCUGUGAGCGGUGGAGCUUGGCUGCAUGUUUGUGGGUGUAUUGAAAAAAUAAUAUACAUGUUGUAGUAGGAUCAAAACGUAUAGA